AAGAAGAUAAUAAAAACAUUUUGCUAAUUGAUUGGACGCGUAAAAAUAAUUUUUGCUAAUAAGAUUUAAAUGUGCACACAAUGACGGUAACUGAAAGUUCUAAGGUAAACAAUGCUGAUAAAACUACUCAACAAGACGAACAAAUGGUUAAUGCAACAGACAAAAAGGAAAUAGAUGCAAAUAGCACAACUACAGAAACUACUGGAAAAACACCGGCCACAGAAAAUGUUGCAAUCAAAACAAACGCUGAAUUAGGGCCUUCAACAACAACUGCAACAGCUACAACUAAUCAAAACGAUAUGCAAAUUAAAACCGGUGAGGUAUAUCUUAUUAAACGCGCUGAUGGUAAUGUAUAUCCAGCGCAAAUUAUUCAGUCUCGUCCUGGGGAACCAGCCACGGGAAAUUCCGCUAGCACACCUGCUGAGUACUAUGUACACUAUGUUGGACUAAACCGACGACUGGACGAAUGGGUUUCGCGUGAUCGCAUUACGGAUGCAACAGACGCUGAAACAGCCAGUGAAGCAGCAAAUUCUGCUGACUCUGCAGAUGGUAAUGGUGGUAAAACUAUUAAACAAUUAAGUAAGGAGCAAAUUGCAAAUUUAGAAAAUCCUUUACCAAUGGAAAAUAGUGAUCGUAAAUUGACACGCAAUCAAAAAAGACGACAUGAUGAAAUUAAUCAUGUACAGAAAACGUAUGCAGAAAUGGAUCCAACAACAGCAGCGUUAGAAAAAGAACACGAAGCAAUUACAAAGGUCAAAUAUAUCGAUAAGCUACGUAUUGGACGUUUCGAAAUAGAUACUUGGUAUUUCAGUCCCUAUCCCGAGGAAUAUGGCAAAGUGGGAACAUUAUAUGUUUGUGAAUAUUGCCUGAAAUAUAUGCGCUUUCAAAAGACCUACCGCUAUCACGCAUCCGAGUGUACACAGCGACAACCGCCAGGAAAUGAAAUAUACCGUAAGGGUACAAUAUCUAUAUUUGAAAUUGACGGUAAAGAGCAUAAACUUUACUGUCAAAUACUCUGUUUAAUGGCUAAAUUAUUUUUGGAUCACAAAACAUUAUACUAUGAUGUGGAACCAUUCUACUUUUACGUACUUUGUGAAAUCGACAAGCGAGGAGCACAUAUAGUGGGAUAUUUUUCUAAAGAGAAAGAGUCGCCAGAAAAUAAUGUUGCUUGUAUAUUGAUCCUGCCACCGUAUCAACGAAAAGGAUAUGGAAAAUUAUUAAUAGCCUUUAGCUAUGAGUUGUCAAGGCGAGAAGGUGUUGUUGGUAGCCCGGAAAAGCCACUUUCCGAUCUGGGACGUUUGAGCUACCGCAGUUAUUGGGCGUAUACCUUGUUGGAGUUUAUGAAAGAAUGUCGCACAACAACACAAAGUAUUAAAGAGUUGAGUGAAUUAAGUGGUAUAACACAGGAAGACAUCAUUUAUACACUGCAAUCAAUGAAAAUGGUUAAAUACUGGAAAGGCCAACAUGUUAUCUGCGUGACACCGAAAACAGUUAUGGAACAUUUGCAGUUGCCGCAAUUUAAGAAACCGAAAUUAACCGUUGAUCCAGCUUACCUUCGUUGGGUACCACCUAAAAGAAACCCAACUGGAAAUGCUAAAUUUAAGAAAGUUGCUUAAAUAGUUUAUUAUAAUGAGAAUUGAAUAAAAAAUGUUUAUGCAAAUAA